AGCAAUCAGGAUAUUGAGGUGGAUGUGGAAAAUGUCUGAACUAUUUUAGACUGCAAUGACAUUGAGAAAUGUGAGGAAGUUCUACAGCGCACCCAAAAGCAGCAUUUCAUAUACCUGAAGAUGAAGCAUGUUGUUGUGAUCACCAUGUGUAUUUUGCAAACCAUGGCUUUCGCUAUACCUGAUUCUGGAAAAGAAGAAAAGUGUCAAGAACAGAUUACACAUUUCAUGGGGCACUAUGUUUUAAAUGGACAGCCAGCGGUCAUCAAGUGCCCAGCCCUCCAAUAUCUUCAAAUGGAUUUCGCUAGAAUGUCUCCCUUCUCUUUUAAUCUUGCCUGGACCAAAAAUACUUUUGAAUAUCUCUAUGCUGGAAGGGAGUCCAGAAUUCAUCCAAAAGAAGAAUCCUUGUGGUUCUUUCCAGCAUUAAUUGAAGAUACUGGCAUGUAUUCCUGCAUUUUAAGGAAUUCAUCACUAUGUAUUGAAGUAACUCUGUCUCUUAUGGUUAUAAAAGAAGAAGAAGUCCAUAUCCCUGACAUUGCAUAUGAACAACUUGCCUUUGAGCAUUCACAAUUCCAAAUGUUUUGCCCUGACUUAAGUGACUUUACCAUAAACCGUACAGAUGUGCAGGUGCAAUGGUACAAGGAUGGAGAGCCAAUGGAAAAUGACAUCAAGUACAUGUACUCACAUGGUACAACCUAUAUUCACAUUAUUGAAAUUGUGAAGGAUGAUGAAGGAUAUUAUACAUGCAAACUCCAAUUUACCCAUGAGAACACGCAAUAUGUAGUUUCCAGAACAAUACACCUCAGGACUGUAGGUAAAGAGAAAAUGCAUCAUCCUGUUAUUCAAUACCCAAAUCACAAGCCAAUUGCUGCUGCACUAGACACCAAGCUGGUUAUUCCAUGCAAAGUUUACACGGGUAAUGGUGGAGAUAAUUCAAUUGUUUGGUGGUCAGCAAAUGACUCCUAUAUUGAUGAGUUCUUCAGUGAUGGCCGUGUCACGGAGGGGACAUUUCAAGAAAAAACAGAGUCUGAUGGUCAUUACAUUGAAGUCUCGUUGAUUUUUGAGAAUGUCAAGGAAGAAGAUUUUAACACUGAAUUUAAGUGUAUAGCCAGCAAUGAUUAUGGAUCCCAGGUCCUUCCUACUCAGAUACAACGAGCAGCAUCCGCUUUUACUUGGUACAUUCCAGUCGUUCCAGCAGUGUUGGUUUGCCUGAUCAUAGCAUUGGUUGUCACACACAAAUACAGGAAGGCUGCAAAUAAGAAAGAAUAUUCUCUGACCAAGUCAUGAAUGGAACCGUGACUUGGACAUUACUUCAGGAAUCAAUUAGAAGAUCAAAAAAGCUCCACUAAUUAUGCUUGGUAGAAUACUCAAUGUUAAAUUAACCAGUUUGGGACAGAAUGGUGCCAGCUUUGGUCGGAUCAGUUUAUCAAAUAAUCCUACUAUUGGUGACUAGACCUGUAGCAAAGUUUUCACAUUUUAUUGAAUAACCCCAAUGUGUAAAGUGGCGUAAUUAGCCUAAAUGCCAUUAUCUCGUUCUUGCUAGUGUUUGUAUACAUAUGUACAUAGUUUUUGUGCUGCAAGUAUAUGUGUACUCUUAGAGCAUUUCUUAUGUAUAUACAGAAAGGACAAGUAAAGGCGAUUUUUAGUUUCA